CGGCUUUCGUGGGCGAAGCUCGCGACGGACUCGGAUCACGUGUACCUCGCGACGCGAAUCAAGAAUUUCGGUCAGGAUGCUGAAGUUCCAGACGGCGACCAAGGAGGACCAGAAGCUGGCCGCGUCCAUAGAGCGCCGUCGGCAGACGGACACCGAGAGGAAGCAGCGGAUCUUCAAUCCGCGAUUCCGGAAGAUCGGAAUAGACAAGGAAUUCUUGGACAAACAGGUCGAGGAGAAGAAGCAGCUGCGCCGGCUCGAGCAGGCCCGGGAAUCCGAGCUCGACGAGAAUUUGAUUCGCAGCAGCGGCCUCGCCUUGCUCCUAGAGAAGCAACAAGAAGAGGAGCGACGAAAGAUACACGUCGAGAUAGAGCACUUUCGUCGAUGCUAUCAGCGACCGGAGGAUCGCCGGGACUACGAUCUCUACGAUCCGAACUCUUUGAAGAAAUCGCUGCCAUCGGGAUUCGGAGAUGGCGACUCGAGCUGGGCUCAAAAAUUCCGGAGCGAGGAGGGCUCGAAGGAGCGGUUGAGGGCCCAAAAAGAGGAGACGAGAUACUGGAUAGAACAACAAAAGGGGGAGCGUGUGAGGAUCGAGAGAGAGCACCGGGAAGCCGAGAAAGCGUACCAGGAAGCCGUCAUCUCCAGGGACAAGCGUGCCGCGGCAUUAGAUCAGAUGGAACGUGAAUGCCGUCGAAGGUUGAACGAAGCCACCGCAAGAUUCAAUCGAGCCCUGGCGGAGGAGCAAGAUCAUCGCCGUCGCUGCGAAGCCCUCCAAGAAGAAGAGGACAAGAAAGCGGAAAUCUACAAUCACGUGACUGGGGACUUCCUGACCGAAGCCAAAGAGCAGGCGGAGAGCACCCGCGGACCGCAAAAGCCGCUGGCUUCACGGUACAAGGGUAUGAGUCCCGAGGAGCUUAGGGCUAUCAGAGAUGCCCAGGCCAGCCAGAUGCUGGAAAUCCAGAAAAUGAAAUUGGAGGAGAAGCGAAUGAACGAGGAAUGGGACCAGUUGAUGAAUUCGCACGCCGUCGCCGCGAGCACGUACCACCGCGAAAUGGAGCGGAAAAGGGCGUGAGUGUUUUUUUUUUCUUGCCG